UAUGAUGCUCUUGAUCCAACUGGAAACAUCACUAUCAAGUGGGAUGUCAUGACCUGGACCUCAGAUGGCUACGUGGCCAUUGUGAAAAUCUACAAUUUCCAGCAAUAUCGUCACAUCCAAGCCCCGGGUUGGUCGCUGGGAUGGAUGUGGGCGAAAAAGGAAGUAAUAUGGAGCAUGGUGGGAGGCCAAGCCAUAGAGCAAGGAGAUUGUUCAAGAUAAAAAUCAAACAUCCCACAUUGCUGCAAGAAAGAUCCAACUGUGGUUGAUCUUCUCCCAGCAACUCCUUACAACUCACAGGUGAACUGCUGUAAAGGUGGAGUACUUAACUCUUGGGUCCAAGAUCCUGGAAAUGCACUAAGCUCAUUUCAGCUAAGUGUUGGUUCAUCUGGAGCUAGCAAUAGGACUGUCAAAAUGCCCAAGAACUUCAUUUUGAAAGCACCAGAGCCCGGAUAUACCUGCGGACCUGCUACGGUUGUUGAACCAAGUACCUUUGUUUCAGCAGAUAAGAGAAGGGUCACUCAAGCUUCGAUGACAUGGAAUAUUACGUGCACAUAUUCCCAAUUUAUGGCUCACAAGAACCCCAGUUGCUGUGUCUCAUUGUCAUCCUUCUACAACGACAGCAUCGCAACCUGCUCCAAAUGUUCCUGCGGCUGCCGAAGCAGCAUGGUUCAGACAGGAAGCUGCAUUGAGGCAAAUUCACAUUACUUAUCACCCGUUGUUUCAAACUCUGGUGAGAACUUUGAACCUCUGGUUCAAUGUGCAAGCCAUAUGUGUCCAAUCCGAAUUCACUGGCACAAUAAGCUCAACUACAAAGAGUACUGGAGAGUCAAGAUCACCAUUACAAACUUCAACUACAGAAUGAACUAUUCAGACUGGAACUUAGUCAUUCAGCACCCCAACUUCAGCAAUCUGACAAAGAUAUUUAGUUUCAACUACAAGUCUCUUGUCCCCUAUGCAGCAAUAAAUGAUACAGCCAUGCUAUGGGGAGUCAAGUUCUACAAUAAUCUGCUAACACAAGCGGGUCCUGUUGGAAACGUACAGACGGAGGUUAUUUUUGGAAAGAAUAAAGAAACCUUUACAUUUGACGAAGGUUGGGGCUUCCCUCGAAGGGUGUACUUCAAUGGCGAUAAUUGCGUCAUGCCGCCUCCCGACGCCUAACCGCGGUUGCCGAACGCCGGCUCCGAUCAGAAGAUCUCCACUUUUGCCCUAAUUUUAGCUUCUCUUCUAACCUUUACAUAAU